GAGGGUCACGCCGGCUUCCAGAUAUGGUCUGUGGAGCACAGGUGCUGCCAGCGCUUAAAACAAGUGUCAUCUGUGGUGUUGUAAUGUUUUUAUGAUAUGGAAAAGAGUAAUCUUUGAAGCUUGUCAAGUAAAAGUCGAAGAUGAUGUUCAUUCUCCAGAGUUUAUAGUGCAUAUUGGACAUCAUGAGUUUGUCCUCUCCAGUCAGCUCCACUGUCACAGAAGCUAAAUGCUUACAGAAUGCUAAGUGUGAGUCACAGUUACUGCAAAAUAGCAAUGAAACGGAAUUGGACACUGCUGAAGAUCUGAGAAGGAAACUCUGCCAAGCGAAGCAAGAAAAAUUAGACUUAACCAUUAAACACAAUCAAGAACUGUCCCACUAUGAAAGCCAGAUAGUCAAAUUACGGUCACAAAUUGAGAAAGGAGAGGCUGCUCGACAGAGUCUGGAGUAUGAAUUGGCAAUUGCCAGAAGAGAUGCUCGUCUGAAAAUGUACGCUGCAGAAGAGGAGUUAAGAGAUGCAAAAAACAGACUUGUGGAACUGCAAGUAUUGAAUGAAAAACUUCAGCAGAAAGUUGCGGAGACUGAGAAAACAUUUCAUAUUGCUCAGCAGAAGUGGAAAGAACAACAGCAAAGACUUGCAAGUGAGAAGGAUGAUAUCCGAAGAACUUGUAACAGUGAAUAUGAAUUGCUUCUUAAGGAAAGAACCAAAUUAGAAAGUGUUUUGCAGGCAGCUACAGUGAGAAUAAAGAAACUGGAAGAAAAUAUUGAAGCAGAGAGAGCAGCACAUUUGGAAUCUAAAUUCAAUUCAGAGAUUAUCCAGUUAAGAAUUCGAGACCUUGAAGGAGCUUUGCAGGUGGAAAAAGCCAGCCAAGCAGAAGCUCUUUCGGAUUUAGAAAUGAUCAAGAAAGAGUUCAAAGAGGUAGAAAAUGCAUAUGAGAGAGAAAAACACAGUGCCCAAGAGAACUUGGAAAAACUCAAUGUAUUGGAGAGAGAGUACGUCUCCACAAACAAGCAAAUGAAUGAGAAGAUUGAAGAAAAGAAGAAGGUAAUUAAAGACCUCUCUGAGAGACUAGAGAAUAGUGAAAAAAUCUACCAAGAAUUACAGGAGGAACUUGCAAUGGCCAAGAAACACCAGGUCUUUCUAACAGAGACGUAUGAAAACAACAUGAGAGAGCUGGAGUUACUCUUGGACAGCUUUGCUAUGUCAGGCCAGCGGACAGCAGGCACUUGUAAGGACAAAGAUAAACCUCCAAGCCUCUCUGUCCUUGAGACUUUGAGGUGUACCUUGACAGCUUACCAGAACAAGCUGGAAGAUACGUCUAAUGAGCUUGGGAGAAUGAAGUCUUUGUGUGAAAAGAUCACAAAAGAACUUGAGGUAUCCAAAAAGAAAAUGUGUACUUUAAGUCAAGACGUUAAGGAAGCUCAGAAUAACCUAACUGAUGCCAAUAAAGAGUUAAAUCAUCUGCACACUAAGUGUGCAGACAGAGAGACUUUAAUAGGAACUUUAAAAAUGGAACUGCAGAAUGCACGGCAAUGCUGGGAGAAGGAGAAAGUACGUGCCACAGAAUCUGAAAAUGAAAUCCAGAAGCUUACCAGGGCUUACCAGAAGGAUGUGGAGGAGAAGCUAACUUUCCUCCAUAGCUUAUACCAGCGUUUGGUAGCAGGCUGUGUGCUUAUAAGACAACCAGAAGGCAUCCUAGAUAGAUUCUCGUGGUCUGAGCUUUGUGCAGUCUUGCAGGAGAAUGUUGAUGCCCUGAUCUUAGACCUCAACAGGGCUAAUGAGAAGAUAUCUCACCUAGAGUAUGUUUGUAAGAAGAAGUCCCAUACUAUGAAGGAGCUUCAACAGAGCCAAGAAGAUGCUUUUAGCAAAAUGGCUGACCAGAUGAAAGCACAGGAAAGCUGUUGGCAGAAACAAAAAACGUAUCUGGAACAGCAGUACUCAGGUCUCCUUGGGGAGGUUCAUGCAAGGGCACAGGAAUACCAAGAAACCAUGGAGAAAAACAAGGAAAAAAUCUAUGUCCUUGAAAAAAGACAGGAGAAAUUGUCUGUUGAAAAUGUUUCUGUGAAAAAUACAUUAAUGCAGGUUCAGAAGGAGCAUUCGUCUCUCCUGGCAGCCUGUGCUCUAUUAGCAGGUGCCCUGUAUCCUCUCUAUAGCCGAUCAUGUGCUAUGUCUUCCCAAAGAAACCUUCUCCAGGAUCAGGUCAACAUUUAUGAAUUAGUGAAUCAGGAGAUUAAGACCCUCGUUCAUGCUCUCUCUGAUGUAGAGGAAAACAAUCAAGAUGAAGCAAAUCUGAAGAAAAGAAAAUUCAGAGGCCUGAUUCAUGUAUUCCGAAGAGGUGUGAUUGCAGUUUUGGCAGUUAACAGACUUAAAGUUUUAGCCCAGUCUUCUAGUUCCCUCUUCUCCUGGGUAAAUGGCUUCAAAGAAGGCAUCGGAAUUCUAGUUUGUAUAGGAGACUCCAAAACCAAGCGUAAUCUGUCAAGUUGUGACGUGGAACAAAUGCACUGUGUUGAAGCACUCAGCUGGUUUACUAGUUCUAACCUCCUUGCUGCAAUAAUCAGUUCUGUCACUGAAUUACAGGAUGUUGUAAACACACCAGAUCCAAGGCCUUGGCUUUCUGGACACUUACUUAUAAGCGCAGCCAGGAACUCCUUUUCAAAACUUAUGGACAAGCUGAAUAUAAUAAUGGAGGCUGUUCCAGUAGAAAGCAGCAGGAGCAAUAUUUACUGGGAGAAAGACUCCUUGGUACAGAGGCUGGCUCACGGACUUCACAAAAUAAAUACCCAGGCCCUGGAAGCUGGAUUGUGUGACAGACUACCCAUUAUGAAGAGCAUAGCAUCCUUGCAGAAGCAAAUAUUUGAAUUUACACAAAGACUUCAUACAGCAGAAGUGGAGCGCCGCUCACUGCGCCUAAAACUUGCAGAAUUCAAAUGGAAUUUCAGUGAAUUGAAAAAAGCUGAUAAAGCCCAGAGCCUGCAAAAGCAAGUAAAUUUGUUCGAACAAUCCAAAUUGAUCACCCGUGAGAAGUUUGAAAGUGCAUGUGAAAAAUUAAAUAAUGCAUUACAUCAGGAGCAUCAAGUACAAGUGCUUUUGAAUGAACAGGCACAACAGCUACAGGAGUUAAAAAGUAAACUAGAAUUGCACUCCAGUGAAGAAGCAGAUAAAAACCAAGUCUUAAGUGAAACUGUAAAGAGACUCUCCGAGGCAAAGAUGGAGCUGAGAAGAAAAGAUCAAUCUCUGCGUCAGCUCAAUAGACUUCUUACCCAGCUGGAGCAGGACAAGCGUCGGCUGAGAGAGAGCAUCCACGAUGCAGAGAGUGCCCUCUGCAUGGCAGCGAAAGACAAAGAGCUGAUUAUUAGUCAUAUGAAGUCUGUGGAAGCCACUCUUCAUAAGGUCAGAGAUCAGACCUUGCUGUCACGGACUGCGGCAACCAGGAAUGACUUCACCCUGCAGCUACCCAAACUGCACCUAGAGACCUUUGCAGUGGAAGGGCUGAAGGGCAGGCCAGAGGUUGUAGCAUUUCAGGCCAUGAUUAAAAGUUUUAUGGAUGUCUACCAACUUGCAAGUUCCAGAAUUGACAUGUUAGUGAGAGAAACACCAUCUCAUCAGCUUCACGCUGCAGCCCUAAAGUCCGAGCUCCAAACAGCUUGUCUUCAUGAAAGUGAGAGCUUACAACUGGAAUCAGGAGGGAGUUCAAACAUCACCAUGACUUCAAGCUAGGAAUUCAGCCUGACCAGAGUCGUAUCCCAGAUUUUUUGGCAUUGCAAGCUGAACCUGACACAUCCUACAGUUUUAUGCACAAUAGAGCCAGUUCUCAGUCUUCAGUCUAUUCCUUCAGCCUGAAUGUCACAUCCAGUCCCAAAAGAACAAUGGAAAAUGGAUUUUCAGAUUCUUUGUAUCAAUAAUCUUUUAGAAGGAAAAAAUUGCAUUAAUGUAAAAUGAUGCAAUUAAAGUGCAAUUUUGUUGCUACCUUUGAA